AUGCUGGACGAGACUGGAGGUGUGCCCUUGCGCUUUGCCUUGGUGCAGCGUGGUGGAGCGGCCCACGAGGUUACGCUGCAUGGGACGGAGGUAGCUUUCCUGGGCCGGGCCCCGAAGAGCGCCAUCGUCGUCAACGAGUCGAGUGUCUCAUCUGCACACGUGGAGUUCUCGGCUGGACGCAUUCCAGGCAACGGAAAGUCGCAAGGAAAAGCUGGACAAAUUUGUGUCCUGGCACGGGACAGGUCUCAGAACGGCACCGGCUUAUGCAAGUUGGGGCCGGACGGUUUCCCUGAUUUGGCCAACAUCCUGCGACUGGGAGGUCCUCCAGAGGUGCUGGAAGACGGGCAUGUCCUGGUCGUUCCUCUUCGGAGCAAAUGCCGGAAUGUUCGUCAAAACGAGGUGCUGGAGACCAGCCUCUUCCACUUUUAUUCAUACCGUGUUGGCGUUGUGUGGCCUCCACCUUCGAUCCGCUUGCGGGCCCAAGGAGGAGGAGCCGGGGGGGUUGUUCUGCCAGCACGCGUUCCGGACAAGCUGGGGGAUGACGACAUCUUGCCAGAUUGCUAUGAUUCGGCGUCCGGUGCAGGGAGAUGGAACUACCAGGCUAGGCUAGGCGAGGGCGGACUUGGUGUGGUCUACCGUGCUUACGACUGCUCCGGAUCGCUUGGUCAUGUGGCCGUCAAGGUGCUGAAGCAUCCACAGCGUGCAUACUGGGGGAAGCAGCAUUGUUUUUCCAUGCACCGCGAGAGCCAGUGGUCCUUGCAGAAACUGCACAACACAAAGGACGGCAGAUACUGCGAAUCUGCUGCCAAAUUGUUUGCACGUUAUUUGGAGGACUACACUGGCCUGCUUCAAGUCUUCCCAGGAGACUUUGAUGCACGCCGAAAGAAGUUUGAGACUCCAGGAAUGGACUGGGAGAAGGAGGGGCCGACUGUGUCCGUGGCUUCGCCUUAUGUGGUGAUGGAGCUGGUGGAAGGCGAGCCUCUUCAUGUGGCGAUGGAUCGGGAGUGGCGGACUCCGUCCAACCAUGCUACAAAGGAUCCACCACCCAUGUCCGUUCACGAGAAGCGCCAGGUGCUGCUCCAGGCGGCAAGAGCCCUUGAGUACCUUGCGACCUUCGGCUUGAUACACCGGGACUUCCGGGGCUGCAACAUGCACCUGGCGGAGCGUGCGACGGAGAGCAGCCCUUGCAAGCUAAAGGUCCUGGACCUCGGCGUCAUGAUCACGGAUGAAGAUUGGCAGCAGUCCAACACGAACGAUGCUGUCCAGGCUUUCCGCAAGCGUGGCGAGACCGAAGAGAAGCGCCGGCGAUACGACUGGCUCCCGUGGGAGGUCCGGAAUGCGGCUGAUGGCCUUGGCCCACCGCUGAACUUUGAGAAGCCAGUUCACUCCUUCGACAUGUUCUCCUUGGGGGUUCUCGCGCUGCACUUGACCAUAGGACGAACGGAGGCGCGCCAGCGCCUCAGCGAGAUGGAGCAUGCAGGUGCCGGGAAAGAUCUCAAGGCGGUGGAGGCGAUGGUCAUUGACACCAGCAUGCUUGGACUGGAUCCACACGUGCAUUGUCGUAUGUUGGGACCCGCCGCCUCGAGACCGACUCCGAGCGAUGUCGUGAAGUCUAUCGAGGCCCAGCUCCUGCAGCCGCAGAAGCUGCCCAGCGCCAUGCGUCCGCAUUCAGGUGCCCCACCGAUGGUGCAAAGGCCUCCUGGUCAGCUAUGUCCGGAGGUAACUUUGAGCCGCACCAAGAGCGACAGCUGGCAGGCCCCUGCAGUGGAGGAGCCGACGAGGGAGCCACCAGCACCACCGCCUGGGGUGGCCCUGCUGCACCCCGUGGGCCCACCACAGCAGCUCUUGCGGCCGCCCCUCGAACCGAACGGCACGCACCUGCAUCCCAAGGACCUGGCCCUUGACCAUGCCGGCACGGCAUCGAACGGCCAUUUCCGACACGGCUUUGGUGGAGACCUUCUCAGAGCUGCACCGGGCGCUGCGGCCCUGCCGGCCGGUCCGCUGCGGGGAGCGGCAGCGAAGUCCAUCCCCAGAGAAAGAUGUCGCGAGGACCAUCGCAGCAGUUCCUACGAGUACAGUGAGUCUUACGACGAGAAAGAUGCACUUCCUCUCAGGCGGGCACAAGCGAAUCCAGUGGCGCGAAGUCGCAGUCAAGAUUCACCCAUGAGGAACGCAGACAGCUUCCGAGCUGACGAGCAGGUUUGGCAGAGAUGGUCUCGGCGCUCUCGGUCGCCCAAGGUGCGGCACUCCCCGCGAAGGUUGGUUUCGGCAAGCUCGAGAGAUCGAGAGCCUGGUGCCGCCCUACUCCGCGCCUUGCGGCAGUGCCGUAGCAACUUCGCCAGUUGGAACGGACAGGUGAAGCUGCCCGAGGGAAGAUCGUGUCACUGGAUUCUGAGAUUCCCCCUCGAGGAGACCUCCAACCGUGGAGAAGCCGAGCGAGGGCGGCGGCACGGGGAAGGUUGA